AUGGCUCACCGAACAGAUGACAUUCCAGGUGUUGGGUCAGAUUUAGAUCUAGUGAAUAUUGCUGUUGGACGCAGAUUGUCUACUUUAGAAGAUUAUACCCUACGGUCAGAAUUAUCAAAAAAUACUUACAGAACAUUCGCCGACGGAGUUGAGUAUGCAGCGCAGAUAUAUAACAUAUUAGCCGCUAGACAUCGUACUGCACACUUCCCUCUGUUUGUUGCAGUUCAUCGAAUAUGCCAAAAGGAGUUACAACCACAAGAUUUUAUUCAUUGUUUCCAAUCUCAUCCAAUUCACCUAUAG